CUCAACAACCUCGCCGAGUUGAAUAGAAUCGAGGCGAGGUGGGAGGAUUCGCAAGCGAUGUUCGAGGAGGCGCUGGAGAUAUUGCGACGGAAAUACGGAGAAAAUCAUCCAGCGGUGGGAACGGCGUUACACAAUCUCGCGGGGUGUCGACUCGCGCAGGACGACGUCGACGGAGCGUACGAUUUGUACGCCAAGUCGCUCGCUCGCAAAGAGGCGACGCUCGGGACGAAUCAUCCAGAGUACGCGACGACGCUCUAUCACAUGGCCGAGGUGCUGUGUCGAAGCGAUCGUAAAGAAGAUGCCAUAGUGCUGCUCGAAAGAUCGAUCAAAGUGAGCGAAGAGAUC